AUGAAAACAACCAAAUUUACAUUACAAAGUUAUGUUCGAUCUUGCACUUUGUUAUCAGCCAAUCAAAAUCCAAUACGAUUAAUGUUAAAUCCAAACACAAAAUUUAAUGACAUAGCUAAAUUGAUAUAAAUAGUUUGGAGAUAAAAUGCUUAGUAAUUAAGACUCUUUUUGAUUGAUGGAACUGAAAUUGAAGAAAAAGAUUUAAUUAACAUUAAAAAAGGUACUAAUUUAUAUGCUCAAUUGAAAAAUGAUGAGAAUGACUUAAGUAAUUUAAAAUUAGAGUAUGAUAUAAUCAAAAGAGUGGGAGAAGGUGGAUAAGGGGUUGUAUUUUUAGGAAAACAUAAAGGAACAAAAGAAUUAGUGGCUAUAAAAAAGAUAAGCUCAUCAACUUGGUAAGACUAAGACUUGGAGAUCCUGGAAUAAGAAUCUCUAAUCCUAAAAUAAUUAGAUCAUAAAAAUAUAGUGAAAUUAUAUGAAAAAUUUGUAUAUUCGAAUUAAAAGGAAGUGAUUAUGGUAAUGGAAUACUUAUUUGGAGGUUCCUUAUUGACAUAAGCAAAUUGUAAUAUGAAAAUUUAAAUAAUAGCUAAAUUAACUGAAGGUGAGGCUAAACAUUUUUCUCGUUAAGUAGUAGAUGCUAUAGCUUAUUGUCAUGAAAGAAAAAUCAUUCAUUGUGAUUUAAAAUUAGAAAAUAUUAUGUUAUCAUCCCUUUCUUGUAAAGAAGUAAUAAAUAUUAAAUAUUUAAUCAGAUAAAAAUAAUUGAUUUCGGAGUUUCGAAUUAUGCUGGAUAACCAUUAAUAACAGAAAAUGUUGUUGGCACUUUAUCAUAUCUAGCUCCAGAAGUAUUGUCUAAUUCAUAUAAAUUUAUUCAACCUGGAUAAGAUGUAUGGGCUGUUGGUUGUAUAAUAUAUGGAUUAGUCUUUGGAAAGCUUCCAUUUGAUGGUAAUAGUCCCUCAGAAACAUAUAGAAAUAUACUUUAAUGCAAUUACUAAAUUAAUAAAAAAUAAGUUUCAAAAGAAUUAAUACAUUUAUUAAGUAUAAUAUUUGUAGUGAAUCCAAAAGACAGAGCAAAUAUUUUCGAUAUUCAAUCUCAUAAUUGGUUUAAAGAACAUGCUAAAAUAUUUAAAUUAAAUUUAAGUGGAAUUAAUGUUCGAAUAGGAAGAUCAUCUAGUGUUGCAAAAAUGUCUUCAUCUCGCAAAUCAUAUGAUGAAGAUUAAGGAUUAGUCAUAAGUCAAAGAAAAAUAGUAUGUAGUAGAAGAUCUGUAACUAGAUUAGAUAAAGUGUCAUUUGCUGUUAAAAUUAAAUGA